AUGGAUAACCCCGAGCAGCGCGAGGCAAAGGCGGAGGAUCAGGCAGCACAGCCACACGAGUCGUACUAUCAGCAGCAACAGCAUUAUGGCCAUGACGCUCACUCGUACGAUCACCAACAGUACCACCAACACUACCAGCAGCAGCAGGCGCAAGCGGCGCAGGCGCACUACUACGGGUACGACCCGAGUCACGCGCAGCAUCACGCGCCCCCCCAUUACCCGCACCACCAACCCCCUCACCACCCUUACGCUUAUCCUCCCCAACCCUACCCUCCCUCCGUUUACAACCAACCAAAUCCCUACCAGCCACCUCCCCAGCCCGCCUAUCCACCCGCUCAGGACUCCGCCUUCCCCGCAAAUUCCCCGCUUGCCGCCUUCUUCGAUCCGCGCGAGCCUCCGCCAGCCGCGGUGGCGGCCCCGGCGAGCGAGGAGGUGCGCGGGCGCGUGGAAAAGGCCGUCGAGUACGCCGCGAAGAACGGGCCGCAGUUCGAGGCGCUCAUGCGCGACAAGCAGCGCGGCCAACCCGCGUACGCCUUCCUCGAGGCGGGCGGGGAGGGCGCGGACUACUAUCGCUUCCGCCUCUGGUGCGCGCUCUCUGGGUCGGGGGGCGCGGAUGCGGUGGCUUGGACGGAGGGGAAGAGUGCAGCUGAUGGGCAGGCGGAGCAAGCCGUGGGGAAGCAGGGGGAGGCGGACGGGGAGCACGGCAGCGCGGAAGUGAAGGUAGAGGGGGAGCAGGAGGGGGAGAAACAAGCAGUAGGGGGCGCGCCGGGCGCGCAGCAGGCGCAGACCGGCUCUGAGGCCCCUCCUGCGGUCCCUCUCCCCUCCGAUUCCACCCCUCCCCUUCCCCCGGAGCCCCCGCUCCCCCCCAUGCCCCCACCCCCCGCGGACCCUGCUGACGUGGCGCUGCAGGCGGCGGUGGCGGCGGCGGGGCUGCCGGCGGACGUGGGGGGCGAGGCGGUGGCGCUGCUGGCGGGGCUGAGCGGCACCAAGGAGGCCAUCAAGGGCGGCAAGGCGUGGGUGGCGUGGCGCGCGGGCAUGGGGUGGGCGCCGCACAUCGCGUGGGUGCUGCGGGAGCGCAUGGCGGCCCUGGCAGGGAAGCCGGAGCGGCAGCUGCAUGUGAUCUACCUCGUCAACGACGUGCUCUUCAACAGGUGUGUGGUCAACGACGUGCUCUUCAACAGGUGUGUGGUCAACGACGUGCUCUUCAACAGGUGUGUGGUCAACGACGUGCUCUUCAACAGGUGUGUGGUCAACGACGUGCUCUUCAACAGGUGUGUGGUCAACGACGUGCUCUUCAACAGGUGUGUGGUCAACGACGUGCUCUUCAACAGUCUACAGCAGAGGCCACAGCCGGGGGCGGUGGACGCGGUGGCGGCGGCGCUGCAGCCGUGUUUGGGCUUCAUGCUGGCGGCGCUGUUCCACGGGGGGGGUGACGCGCAGAGCAGCAACCAGGAGCGGCUGGGGAAGAUCCUGGCGUUCUGGGCCAGCAAGGAGGUGUACCCGGGGGAGGCCAUGGCGCACCUGGGCGCGCUCAUGCGCCUGCCGCCCCACCAGCACCCCCCCAUGCCGCCCCCGCCACCUGUGCCUGCUAUGGACUACCACGCUGCAGGCGAGUGGAGAGCGUGUGCUGUAGGGAAGUGGCUGGCAUGUGUGCGUUCUGGAAGUGGGAGCGGGACCGCACAGCCGUAUGCCCAUGGCAUGCACCCCCACGCCCCUCCCCCGCCCACAUGGCCCCCUCUUCCAUCUCACAUGCCGCCCAUGCCUCACGAUGCAGCAGCCCCUGCCUCUGCACCCGUGCCCGUCACCCCCCCUUCCUUCCCUCCGCCCCCUGCCCCCGCCACUCAACCCCCACACCAACCCUCGCCCGCGCCAGUCCCCAGCGCCCCCCCUGAGCCGCAGCCCCCCGCCUCAGACGCGCCGCCUGCAGCCCCCGCGCCCACGCCUGCGGAGAAGGCGCCGUACCCGCUGUUCCCGCCGGGGCUGAUCCCGGGCAUGGUGCGCAAGAAGCAGGUGGGGUCGGGCGUGCCGUACGCGCCCAUGGCGCCGCACGACAUCCCCUCCACCAUCCCCCCGCCCCACGAGUCCGAGGAGUACCUGCGGCGCCGCAUCGCACGCUUCUUCAAGGCCAUUGGGGAGACGGACCCCCUGGCGGAGGGGGAUGAGGACGAGGAGGAGGAUGCGGAAGAGGCGGAUGGCGGCAGGGGGAUUCUUGGGGCGGGCAUUGGGAAGAGAGGGCACGGGCAUGGAGGGCAUGGGGUGGGUGGCGGGGGGAAAAGGGGCCCAGGGGCGAAGCCACGCGCCAUGUCACCGCCACCAGCGAUUGGCAUGGAGGGGGGCGGGCUGGGACUGGGCAUGGGCGGGGGAGGGCUGGGACUGGGCAUGGGGGGAGCGGGGAUUGGAGUGGGCAUGGAGGUGGAUCCGGAGACUGGCAUGUUGCCGGACGGCAGUGUGGUGCAGAAGCCUGGCAUGGGCGGCGCGAGGCUGGGACUGGGUGCCGCCGUGGAGGCCGAUGCUCCGUCGCAGUAUGCCGACGUGUAUUCGAGUUUCCGCCGCAUGCUCAGCUCGUCCUACCACACCUCCAUUAGUGAGCGGGCUGCUAGGAAAUACGAGAGAUAG